AUGGCGGCCGCUGAAAUAGUAUCAAAUACUUCGAAUAUAGCAAAAAUAGAAAGUUUUCUUAAUGACCCUAGCUACAAAGAGAUUAUCGAGAACUCCUCAACGUUUAAUUCACGACUAUGUGCCGAAAGGAGGAUGCGAAUGCCAUUUAUCGACACCCAGACAGGUGUCGCCCAGAGUCAUUCCAAUUUAUUCAUGACAAAAAAGCAACGGAUGCCAGGAGCUAAAGAAGGCCAAGUGUACACUUACCCAUCACAACGAUGGCGAAAAGCGCGCCGCCAAUACCUUACUAUGUCAUCGACACGCUGGGGUUGGUUAAGAACUGAUACUGCAGAGAAUGUUGGUGAAGGUGAGAACAGCUCUGGAAUACCCGACGGUUUAGCAGGGGAGGACAGUCGGGAUGGCUCCCAGACAGCUGCUAAGGAUGAUCCAAAGGAAUGGUUCUAUGAUGAACUGGCGAUGGAGGAGAUGGAGACGGGUGAAGAACCUGAAGCCGAAUCUGAUGAAGACUACUAUGACGAUACUUACGCGAAUCGGCGCAAGCGACGCGGCGGGGCGACGCCCAGUGGUCCAGGGUCUAGGGGUGGAAGAACUCGCAAAUCUCAGCCCGACGACGCCACGCCAAAGCGAGGACGAGCCGGCCGCGGUCGAAAACGCGCCGGCCAAGGCACCUUACCAUACGAAGUCCCCGGCGACGCUGAAAAACCCUUCGGCUGCGAACUGUGCGGCGCAAAGUACAAGACCCGUCCCGGUCUGACGUACCACUUUACGCACACACACAAGGACCCGGGCGGCGCAGGCGCAACCGGAAGCGAUAACGACUCGCGCGACAGCCGCCCCGCCCACUCACCCGCCCCCAAUCAGCCAGCCACAGAGUAUCAGGAUAGUUACGUGACGUUUCUGAACAACCCCGCUGGCACACCAUCAACAGUCGCGGCCCCACCUCCACCACAGCGUCGGCCGUCACCCCCUCCGCGGCCUGCCUCCGCCGACACGUCGUCGUCGGACUCUGCGCAGGCGCCCCUCGUGCCUCCCCCGGACGCCGCAGUAUCGACCCCAACGCCCAGUGCGAGUACACCCGCUGCUCGAAGCACUAAGAAAACAGCUGAUGGAAAGCCAUCACCGUCGCCGUACUGCGAUUUCUGCCUCGGCGACGACCGCGAGAACAAGAAGACAGGGACGCCCGAAGAGCUGGUCUCUUGCUCCGACUGCGGAAGAUCAGGUCACCCCACUUGUCUGCAGUUCACAGUGAAUAUGAUGGUCUCGAUGCGCAAGUACCGCUGGCAAUGCAUCGAAUGCAAGUGCUGUUCGGUUUGCGGCACCAGUGAUAAUGAUGAUCAGCUAUUAUUCUGUGACGACUGCGACCGUGGCUACCACAUGUACUGCCUAGCGCCACCUCUGGAGACGCCCCCCGAGGGGUCGUGGUCUUGCGCGCUCUGCAUCAAAGAGUUUCAUCUUAAGGAGUGA